AUGAUUCACUAUUCGGUCUUUUCGCAUUAUCAGCGUAUCCCGCUGGACCCCCUGUAUACCACUCAGUCAGCCCUGCGAUACCCGACAGAUCUCUUAAGGCUUGAAAAAGUGCUUGAGGCACGAUUGGAACAGGCUAGCCUUCUGAAGCGCGUCGUCGACGCCAUCAAGGAUCUUGUCCAGGACUGCAACUUUGAUUGCAAUGACUCCGGCAUUGCUCUGCAGGCCAUGGACAACUCCCAUGUUGCCCUUGUCUCCAUGCUACUCCGUGCUGAAGGAUUCUCACCUUACCGCUGCGACCGUAAUAUUGCCCUCGGCAUCAACCUGAACUCCCUGACCAAGGUCCUCCGGGCCGCCCAGAAUGAAGAUAUCUUGACUCUGAAGGCGGAGGACUCUCCCGAUGCCGUCAACCUGAUGUUUGAGAGCGCCGAGACCGACCGACUUAGCGAGUAUGAUAUCAAGCUUAUGGACAUCGACCAGGAGCACCUGGCUAUCCCCGAGACUGAAUAUGCCGCCACCGUUGAGAUGCCCUCUAUGGAGUUCCAGCGUAUCUGCAGAGAUCUCAACGCCCUUUCUGAGUCCGUUGUCAUUGAAGCCAGCAAGGAAGGUGUCAAGUUCUCCUGCAGUGGUGACAUUGGUAACGGUUCCGUUACUAUCCGCCAGCACACCAACGUCGACAAGCCCGACCAGAACGUCUCGAUCGAUUUGUCUGAGCCCGUCGCUCUGACUUUCUCCCUUAAGUACCUCGUCAACUUCUGCAAGGCCUCCAACCUUUCCUCUUCCGUAAAACUGCACCUGUCCCAGGAGGUGCCCCUACUUGUUGAGUACGGUCUGGGAAGCGGUCACCUGCGGUUCUAUCUCGCCCCCAAGAUUGGUGAUGAGGAGUAA